AUGACUACUGACAUUGAACAAACCGCUGGAGCUGACAAGUACAGCACCAACCUUUAUGAGAACCAGCCUCCUGUUAUUUCUCGUAUCCAAACUUCUGGAACUGAUAAUGAGUACAUCCACAUUGGUAACACGAUUGUUAGAAAAGAUGAGCUCGUUGAGGCAUUUGCCGGUGAUCUGAACCCGGCUCUCCAUACUCUUCCCUCGAGAAAAUUGGCCAACCCCACGCCUCUUGGUUUGAGUGCCUUUGGUCUAACCACUUUCGUUUUGUCGUUAAUUAACCUUGGAACGAGAGGUGUACAUACUCAGAAUAUUCUGAUUGGAGUCACUUUGUUCUAUGGAGGUGCGAUCCAAGUAAUUGCUGGACUUUUCGAGUUUGUUUUGGAAAAUACCUUUGGUGCAACUGCUCUCACCUCUUUUGGUGCAUUUUGGAUUACAUUUGGUGCCAUUCUUACCCCUUCUUUUGGUAUUAUCUCUGGCUAUGAAGAUCCAACUGAGUUGGACAGAGCCUUGGGACUUUAUCUUCUUUCUUGGUUUAUUUUCGUUACUAUGAUGACAUUUCUUACUAUCAGAUCCACUGUUCCUUUUUUUGUUCUGUUCUUUACUACUGACAUGGCUUUCUUAACUCUGGGUAUUGGCCACUUACUGUCAAGUAGCAAGUGUAUCAAAGCAGGUGGAUGGUUCGGUGUUGUAGCAUCUUUCUUGGCAUGGUAUGUAGCAUUUGCUGGUUUAGCUACAAAGGAGAAUUGUUAUAUUCAGAUCAAGCCUUGGUUCAUGCCUGGUGCCCACCGCCUUAAGUAA